GCACCCGUGCGACAGCUGCAAAGAUAGGCGUGUGCGGAUUGUGGAGGCCGGCGGUGCUGUCAGCUCCUCUACCCGCUUGUGAAUUGCCGGAGUGGCUUACGAUUUAAGUAUCCCGCGCCGCCUGACGGGCCUCGGAGGUGCACUUCCCGCUUCAACACAUAGCAAAGGGCUUCUUUUCACUUUUGCCUCACUGACACCCCUUGCGGCCCGUCGUCUGGAGUGGUACCCACUGAGAAGUAUCAGGGGGACUCCAGCAAUCCUCUCCCACGAUGUCUUCCUCCUCCACCACCACCUCCUCCUCUCCCACAGCCCCUGCUGGGAUGUCGCAGUUCUGCCAGCAAGCCUGGGGGCAGGUGUUUGCCAAGGCGAAGCGGGCUGUUGUGUUCAUGGACCCUGCUUGUGCCGAAAGCCUUCACUGGGCGUGUGGAGGAGCCGGGAGGUUGCUGCAGGCCGGGGCGAUCAAUGUCAAGGAGUUUUCCAGCUUUGAAUCUGGAGGCGCAGACCAGCCCAAAGCUGUCUUUGUGGUGGGCAGCUUGCUGAAAGGCAGGACGGUGGACAUCAUCCGUGACAUUGUGACUCUCAGCAGCUUCCAGUACUGUGUGGUUUUCACAGCUGUCAGCCAUGCGGUGCACCUUCAAGCCCACAAUGCUCCUGGCACAACUGAGGUUGAAGGUGUCAGCCGGGUGGUCUUUGAACAGUUUGAAGAGAAGCUCUGCCAGUGGAUGGGAAACAUGAACUACACUGCAGAGGUUCAACAUGCCCCUUUGUUCUUGGCACCCAUCUCACCUCAUCUCUUUGUAGCACCUGCCUUCUCCUUGUUUUUCCCCUUGAUGGCUGAGGAUUUGACUCGGAUCAAUAAAACUAGACCGGAGAAGAAGAAAAUUUCCCACUUGAGUGAUGUUGAUUUUUCAUCUCUGUCUUCAGAGUUGCAGCUUCAGAUCAGGUCCUUGGUGUCUGAUUUCAACAGCUUGUUUGAAUACCUCAGUGUGCGGGAGGAAUGUUUUGCUGUUGGGACAAUAAGUAAGAUAAUUGCAGGGGAUCUGGCAAAUUAUGCCCAGGCUAAGACCAGAAGGAAAACUGCACAACACAGAGCUUCUGUCAUCUUUGUGGAUAGGACAUUAGAUUUGACAGGAGCAGUUGGUCAUCAUGGUGACAACCUAGUGGAGAAGAUACUCUCUUCUCUUCCCAAACUUCCAGGUCAUACAAAUGAUGUGAUGAUCAACAUGGUAGAACUCACAAACCUGAAGAGUGAUGAUGCAAGUUGCAGUAUUGUAGCACCAGGCUGCUUGGCACAACCAAAUGAUCCAGCUGCUAAAUCUCUGUGGGAGUCCUUGAUGAAUUUCAAGCAGAAAGAAGCUGUGAUGGAAGUCAGGAGACACCUAGUGGAAGCUGCAAGCAGAGAAAAUUUGCCAAUCAAGAUGAGCAUGGGGAGAGUCACCCCUGAGCAGCUCAGCUCACAUAUCCAACUCUUCAAAAAGAAAUUUGAGGCCAUUGAGAACCAUUGUGGGCUUCUGCAGAUUGCGUUGGCUGUUGUGCAGACACUGAAACACCCUCAGAGUGCCAAAUGGGACAAUUUCCUAGCCUUUGAAAGGCUACUUGUGCAGAAUAUUGGGGAGUCAGCAUUACCUACUGUACUGAACCAAUUGUUGCCUAUCAUCAAGUCUCAUAAGAACAGGACAGAUGAUGAUUAUACCCCCGAAGACUUCCUUGUAUUGCUGGUGUACAUUUACUCCAUAGUUGGGGAACUUAAAACCGGAAAAGAGUUAGAUGAAGCUGAAAGAGAAGUGAAAGAGGCUCUCGUCCAAUCUCUCUGUGGCGAGCCUGAACUGCCUUUCCUAUUGCAGAAAAUAACAGGCUGUGAGUCUUCACUUGAUCUGACAUUUCAAAAGGCCACAGCUGCAGUGAAUGAGAUCUUUAUGACUCUCAAAGAUGUUGCAAGAGCUCGGGCUUACAUGAAGCAGUUUAAUUCUGUACAUAUUCCAGGAAGCCAAAUUCAACAGGCCUCUUAUAAACCAUUGCUGAAACAAGUGGUGGAAGAGAUAUAUAAUCCUGAUCGACCUGACUCUGUUGAUGUUGAGCACAUGUCUUCUGGGCUCACAGACCUUCUGAAAACUGGGUUUAGUAUGUUUAUGAAGGUGAGCCGCCCUCACCCUAGUGAUCACCCUCUGGUGAUCAUCUUCGUGGUCGGUGGUGUGACGGUGUCUGAAGUCAAAAUGGUAAAGGACCUCGUAAUGGUGCACAAGCCCGGAGUACAGGUAAUUGUAUUCUCCACAGCUCUCCUGACACCACUUAGCCUUCUGGAGCUGCUGUUUGCCACGGACCGUCUCCAGCCAGACAUUGGCAUUUGACAAGCCAACAGUCUUAUCACAGAAGAUGAGCACCAAGCCCAA